AUGCCCAAGCAGCGUGUGAAGGCGUACUGGCAGUUCAUCGUGUUGGUUGCUGAUGAGAUACAUGCUAACGUCCCGACAAGUGCACUAACAGUUGCUCAUGCAAAAUUUGGCUGGUGCCAGCGGUGCAAUGCAAAGGUUGACGUGUGUAGAGAUCGAAAUGACGCCGGGCCUCACAUAAAGCGCUUCCAUCCUGAAUACCUGAGAGCGUACACGCAAAGACAGGAGAGACAACAGAGUCAAACCGCUGCUAGACAACUGGUUAACAUCUAUGAGUCAGCCAACGUCGACGAAGGCAUUGAUGAACCAGCCACCGACGCCGAUGAGAAGCGCUUCGUUGACUUGCUGGUUCAGUGGAUCACGUCGGACUUACGCCCUCUUAGUAUUGUCAAUGAUGCCGGUCUUAUUGCAACCAUCGAGUUUGCAAACAGCGUAAGCGGAAGGCUGCGAAUUCCAGUUCGCCAAACUACGACGUCGCGAUUCCAGAUCAGAGCCGCAGAGUUUCGUUCUUCGCUUCGGAUUCGGCUCAGUAACAAGGGUGAAUGUCUAUACUUUCCUGUUUCGUCCGACAUUUGGACUUCGUUGUGUACAGAAAGCUUUAUCAGUUUCACACUGCACUAUGUGGAUGAAGACUUCGGCAUGCACAAAUGGACGCUUGAGGUAACAAGUAUCCCUGGUAAGCACGAUGCCCCUGUUAUUGCUGCUGCACUACUAACGUGCUUCGACAAUUGGAAUCUGGAUCGAACGUUGUGUGCUCGGUUUCUUCGGGAUGGAGCUCCAUACAUGAAGAGGGCAUGUGACCAGAUCGGCGUGACAAGUAUGUCGUGCAUCGCACAUUCACUUCAUCUCGUUGUUGGUGCUGCGCUCAUUCCCAAGCCUAGCGAUUUACCACUGACAACGACUGUGGACGAUAUCAAUAACACAAUCGGCAUCAAUUCCGAUGCUUCUGGCAGCAGUGACAGUGAUACUAGCACGCUGCGCGCAAUUGCCUCACCCGCUUCGCUGGGAAGGGAAAUGACAAGUGAGGACAACUCGGACGAUGACGACAGCGACUUGGAUGAGCCCAUCGAUCCGGACGAGGUAAUUGCCAUUUGUGAGCAAGUGGCAGAAUUUGUUCAAGACUGUGAAAUGGCUCCUGGCGAUCUUGAGUGCGUACGCCAAAUCGUUCGGCGAUUUCGCAAUCUCGCCGAAUAUUUCCGUCGGUCUUCUAAAGGAUCCAAUCGGCUUGAAGCGUUGCAAGGUGGCCGCAAGAAUGCUGUGAAAGUAGAAAUCGACAGCGCUACUCGAUGGGACAGAGAGACAUACCCGACGCUAGUGUCUGUCCACAUCUCGAUUCGCUCGCUCAAAAUAUUGCUGAGCGCGCCGAGGAUUUUUGAUGAUCUAUAUGCCCAAGUAAAACGAGAGCCAUUUGCCGAUGGAUUUGUUGCUAUGAUGAAGUCUGUGCGCCGUUGCUUCGUGACUUUGCUCGAAAAACGAUUCGAAAUGGCUGACGGAGAAAUGAAGUGGAUUGCUUUGCUGGACCCUUACUUCACCAACUCGAGCCUUCUCUCUGAUGCGGAAACUACGCGCGCCAAGAAUCGGCUAAUGCAGGAGAUGGUUGAUUUGGCAAGGGGCAGUAGCGAUGAGAUGAGAGGCGAACGUGAGACUAGCAGGAUCGUUAGUACGACACCGACGCAAUGUACAGCCUCUUUGAAGAGAGUGGUGUGCGGAAAUCGAUUGACUGUGCGACAGCCGGCUGCACUUGGUAGAUCGGUGGAAGAGAUGUGUGAGUGGGAGCUCAAGAACUACCUCCGGACAUCUGCUGCUGCUCAUAUGGAGGAAGAAGGACUCCCGGCGUCCCUUGCUUGGUAG